AUUUUAUCCUUCAUUUGACUGUAAGCACAUAUUAACCUCUAAAUAUGUGCUUGUUAUUUUCACAGGAAAUUGCAAAGUGUGUCAUUGUGGCUUUUGCCUUUUUGAUUUUGGGAUCAAAUGCCGUACCUGAGUACCGGAGGAUUGUAGCCCAUUAUGGAGAUACAGUGACAGCAUACGAAGAUGUGAUGAUUGACAAAGAAGCAGAGCUAAUCGUUUCAACCGACGCCAAGGUUUCAUCCAAGAAAUUCACGCCAUCAAUGUCAUUCCAUGACUUUUCUGCGGGAUAUACUGUCAAUAAACUUGUUGAGAAGGGAGUUUGUUACAUAUCGAAAAAUACACACUCUAUUGAAACUUUGAUAGAGGCCCUCAACCAAGCAGAAAGAGACAAUGGUGACUUUGAAAUCAGACAGAUACUCAAGUGUACAUCAAAGACAUUUGUCGAACAGUCGGAGAUGCUAAAGUACGGAGAGAGGAUAGCUGCCUUCUGUAAAGAUUACGAGUCGGUGUUUGUUGUAAGAGACAAAAUGUGCAGUAAGAGAGAAACUUGGGCCUUUGAAGAGAACGCCAUUGCAUGUGUCUUUUGCAUUGCAUUUUGUUACUAAAUCGCAGUUGUUGGAGAAAAACACACAUUUAUAUAUGUAAAGAUAAAACAAAGUGUUUUGAUAAUGACAAUCAUCAUCAGCAGUUGUAACAUUUAUGAAUGUACUAUAUAAAGCCUUUCAAUGAU